AAGUUCCCAGCAUCGACAGCUUCAAGUUCAUCAUCAAUCAACGACAACCGAAUCCGCAGCACCAAGUCCCUUCGAAAACUAGCUCUUUUUUUUCGCCGCAUAAUUGUAAUCAUGGAGGAAGAGCGUCUCUGGAAGUUCCGAAGGCCCGAGUGGCUUAACAGCGUCUGGGCCCGCAACGCUGGUGUCUACGGCGCAGGAGCUAUUUUCUCCAUCGCUUUCUAUAUUAUGCUCGACUCCGCCGUCUGGUCUAAAUCUCCGCGCAACGGCUCCGAUAUCCACGUCAAGUUUGUUGACUGGCUGCCCUUCAUCUUCUCCAGCUUGGGCAUGCUCAUCAUCAAUUCAGUCGAGAAACAACGCUUGAGCGCCGAUUCCUUCAGUUAUAGCGGAAAUGGGGUGGCAUGGAAGGCUCGCGUCGUCUUGUUCCUCGGUUUCGCAGCUCUUGCUGGUGGAAUGGCUGGCGGUGUUACAGUUUUUGUUCUCAAGUUUGUUGUCCCAAGUGUCGCAAUGCCUGCGCUGGGUAUGGGUAUUGAGAACGUACUCAGCAACGCUCUGGUGGGCGUGAGUUCCGUCGUUCUUUGGAUCAGCCAGAACAUGGAAGACGAGUACGCCUACAACCUUUCUCUGUAAACACCAUGAAUCGACACGAAUCGGGCAACAAGGUCGAGCGGACGUCAGGGCGCAUUGACGGGUUGACAGACAAGCAUUGGAUGUACGAUUAAUAGCAGGAGUCUAAGGCAUAUUGAUGGGAAGAUGGUUGCGAUGCUGUUGUCUCACGUUCAGCAGCAACUAGGUAACUAGUAACCAGCAUUGACUGAAAGAAUAUAUGAACAAACUCGACGCGCCGAGGAGUUUUUUCGUAUCUUCUCUUUAAAUCUAGGAUUACGUUAGAAUUAGCGUUAAAUAAGGAGUAGGUAAACUUUUAUUGAGAUGCAAUCAUGUUUAUAUCAUGGAG